AUAAAUCGAGAAAACACAUUGCUAGUGCCAACCAAUUACCUCAAAAAUGGCGAAGCCAAUAUCGAUCCAAGUGUGGAAUGCCAGUGGGAAGUACAGAGUCGUUAGUACCAAAUCCAUGCCCGGAACUCGGUGGAUCCGCCUCUUGACUGACCAAGACUGCCGUGUUGAGAUAUGCACAGAAAAGAAAACCAUACUAUCGGUGGAUGACAUCGUCGCACUAAUUGGAGAUCGGUGCGAUGGAGUAAUUGGACAAUUAACGGAGGACUGGGGUGAUGCAUUGUUUUCUGCUCUGAAGAGAGCCGGCGGAACUGCUUUUAGCAACAUGGCUGUUGGCUACAAUAAUGUUGAUGUCGGCGCCGCUAACAAGUACGGAAUUGCUGUUGGGAACACUCCUGGAGUUCUCACAGAGACAACGGCAGAAUUGGCUGCCUCGCUGUCACUAGCAGCUGCCAGAAAAAUAGUUGAAGCAGAUCAGUUCAUGAGAGCUGGCUUAUAUGAUGGAUGGCUUCCCCAUUUGUUCGUUGGAAACCUACUCAAAGGACAGACAGUGGGAGUGAUUGGAGCUGGUCGUAUCGGGUCUGCGUACGCUAGGAUGAUGAUUGAGGGCUUCAAGAUGAACCUGAUAUACUAUGACCUGUAUCAGUCGACAAGGCUAGAGAAGUUCGUGACAGCAUAUGGACAGUUCCUACAAGCAAAUGGUGAACAACCUGUUACAUGGAAAAGAGCUGCGACCAUGGAGGAUGUGCUCAGAGAGGCUGAUGUAAUAAGUCUUCAUCCUGUGUUGGACAAGACUACAUAUCACCUUAUAAACAAAGGGACGCUGGCCAUCAUGAAAAAGGAAGCAGUACUGGUGAAUGCAAGCCGAGGACCAGUUAUCGACGAAACUGCUUUGGUUGAACAUCUGAAGGCAAAUCCUAUGUUCCGUGUAGGUCUCGAUGUUUUUGAGGAUGAGCCACAGAUGAAACCUGGUCUUGCUGAACAGAAAAAUGCAGUUGUUGUGCCACAUAUUGCCUCUGCAUCCAAGUGGACACGUGAAGGAAUGGCUACUCUUGCUGCUUUAAAUGUUCUUGGAAAGAUUAAAGGGUAUCCAGUUUGGGGGGAUCCAAAUCGUGUUGAUAAAUUCUUGGAUGAGAAAUCUCCAGUUCCUGCAGCAUGUCCAAGCAUUGUUAAUGCUAAACAGCUUGACCUGCCAGUUUCAAAACUGUGAUGCAAUACAAGAUAAACACCGCAGAUGAAAGACUUUUUUAUUAUUUAGACACAAGGGGAUAUAUAUCUAGCCACGAUGUAUAUGGCUGCCACACAGUUCUUAUUAUUUAUCAGAUAUGCUUUCCCGUGCAAGGAUGAGCAAACCGCCACAAAUCUUGCUCCAAUUUAGCUAAAGAAAUUCCAUUGAAUUGGAUUUUAGGUUCUUCUUUA